CAUGAUUUAGCCACCGCCCCUUUCCAGCCUGGCAGGCCCCACCAGACCCGAACCAGGCGGGCGCCAUCGCAGAGAAGCGAAAAAAAUAAUAAUAAUAAUAGCAAGUCGAGAGCCUGAGGGCCUGAAACCACACGCCGCACACCGCCCUCUGUCUCUCUUGCCCACCCCACAGCGCGCCCAGGGGACAGCUCAGCACACUACAGCUUGUUGCGCCAACCCACUCAAACCUCCCGCUGCAUCAGACCUUUAUCAUCUCUUCAAUCCUUCUGCCCUGCUCUAUCGCUCUGCUGCUGUCGACAGCACAACGUCGUCUUCUAUGCUUAACAUCGCCCGCAAGACCUUGAACCGUGUGCCCAGCUUCCAGGAUAUUCUCCAAGGCAGGAUGAGCCACCCCGACAUUUCCGUUGACGUCCUCGUCAUUGGCGCAGGUCCUACCGGCCUGGGUGCCGCAAAGCGUUUGAAUCAGAUUGACGGUCCCUCAUGGCUCAUCCUCGACUCGAAUGAGACCCCUGGUGGUCUGGCCUCGACGGACGUCACCCCCGAAGGCUUCUUGUACGAUGUCGGUGGUCACGUCAUCUUCUCCCACUACAAGUACUUCGAUGACUGCAUCGACGAGGCUCUUCCCAAGCCGGACGACUGGUACACCCACCAGCGUAUCUCCUACGUUCGCUGCCAGGGCAAAUGGGUUCCCUACCCUUUCCAGAACAACAUCUCCAUGCUUCCCAAGGAGGAGCAGGUCCGCUGCAUUGAGGGCAUGAUUGAUGCCGCCCUCGAAGCUCGUGUCUCUAACUCCAAGCCCACCACCUUUGACGAGUGGAUUCUCCGUCAAAUGGGCACUGGUUUGGCCGACCUCUUCAUGAGACCCUACAACUUCAAGGUGUGGGCUGUCCCCACCACCAAGAUGCAAUGCUCUUGGCUCGGCGAGCGUGUUGCUGCCCCUAAUGUCAAGGCUGUCACCACCAAUGUCAUCUUGAACAAGACUGCCGGUAACUGGGGUCCUAAUGCCACUUUCCGUUUCCCCGCUCGUGGUGGUACUGGUGGCAUCUGGAUUGCAGUUGCCGACACUCUCCCCAAGGAGAAGACCCGAUUUGGUGACCACGGUAAGGUCACCAAAGUCAACGCCAACUCCAAGGUCAUCACCCUCGGUGACGGUACCACUGUUGGCUAUGAGAAGCUUGUGUCUACCAUUGCCGUCGACCACCUGAUUGAGCAGAUCGGCGACAAUGAGCUCGCUGAAGCCAGCAAGGAUCUCUUCUAUUCCUCCACACACGUUAUCGGUGUUGGUAUUCGCGGCGAGCGCCCUGAGCGAAUUGGAGACAAGUGCUGGCUCUACUUCCCUGAGGACAACUGCCCCUUCUACCGUGCCACCAUCUUCUCCAACUACUCUCCAUACAACCAGCCUGACGAAUCCAAGAAGCUGCCCACUCUCCAGCUUGCCGAUGGCUCGAAGCCCGCCAGCAGCGCGGCCAAAGCUGGUCCUUACUGGUCCAUCAUGUUGGAAGUUUCCGAGUCUUCCUACAAGCCUGUCAACCUGGAGACUAUUCUGAAGGACUCCAUCCAGGGUCUUGUCAACACUGAGAUGCUCAAGCCCGGCGAUGAGAUCGUCUCCACCUACCACCGCCGCUUUGACCACGGUUACCCUACCCCAUCUCUGGAGCGUGAGGGUGCUCUCACCAAGAUCUUGCCCAAGCUUCAGGAGAAGGGCAUAUGGUCUCGUGGCCGCUUCGGCAGCUGGCGCUACGAGGUUGGUAACCAGGACCACUCGUUCAUGCUGGGUGUCGAAGCUGUUGACAACAUUGUGAACGGCGCUGUCGAGUUGACCCUCAACUACCCCGACUUUGUCAACGGCCGACAGAACACCGAGCGUCGUCUUCUUGACGGUGCCCAGGUUUUCGCCAAGAAGAAGUAAAAAGAAGACUGUCUCUUUGGUCAAAUCUAAUAACUGGCAUUUGCAUCGUCGACUGGGUUUAUAUUAUAGUCGUUUCUAAAUAUUUAGACCCAUUUUAAUUCCUUUUCUUCUUCCCCCCUUUAUUUUCCUAUCUUUUUGUGACGAAGGUACAUGGAACGGAGCAUCGAAGUAUUUAUAAACAGAGUUUAUAAAUUGGGAUAUACCUCUUUUUUCUUCUCUUUUUUUCCUUUUUCCCCGACAAAAUUCGCAUACAUAUCACAUUACAAGGCUUGUGGAGGUUCUCCGCCGCUUUCUGUUCGGCUUAACAUAGAGUGUUGAACUUAGACUUGAAUAACAAUUGUUUUAUACAAA